AUGGGUGCCUCCAAGUACAACCACCUCGAAGACGAGGUGACCUUCGGUGCUACCGUCGACACACCCACCAAGACUCAAAACCACCUUGCGCCCAAUGUUUUCGACACUCCCAAGUCGCUCAGUCCCGUCGUCACCGUCGACUCGCCAUCGACGCCCGACGAAGAGCGCUUGACUCCAUUUUACGCCGCUCCCUCUGCCGACAUUUCUCGCCAAACACUGCCUGCCGCUCACGACGACGAUCUCGAGGCUGCUCGCAAGGAGGGCUACUUUAUCACUUCGAACCCUGUUGGCUCAGACCUCAACCUUCCGUCUGGCAUGGCUCCCGUGUCGGCCGUCCCUACUGGCUCACGAUUGAGCUUCGAUGCCCGUACCAAAGAAUGCACCAUGUGGCCGACCAAGCAGACUCUUCGUAACCAGGACAAGGCAGAGAGGGCCAAGCGCAGAGCAUCAAGAGCCUGUGGUUGUAGCAGCAUCAACGCUUGGUGGUCCAGCAUGAAGAAGAAGCAGAGACUGUGGUUCAAGAUCCUCAUCGCUGCCUUCGUUGUCGCUCUAGCUUGCGGUCUCGGCAUUGGUAUCAGCAAGGCCACUGGUGCUGGCGUCUUUGCUGGCAAGGGUCAAACCAAGCCUAUCGCCAACGCAUAG